AUGCUUCUCCCACAAUUGAGAGCUCGUGCAGCCCCAGCGGCGCGGAGCUUUUCCAAGGCCGCAGCACCUGCGCGUCUGCUCUCAUCCUCCGCCAUUCGCCGUUCCAACGAUGAGCCGAAGCUCAACAAAGUCAGCGCUCAUGUCACACAGCCAAAGUCACAGGGCGCAUCCCAGGCUAUGCUUUACGCCGUGGGCUUGCAGCCCGAGGAUAUGAACAAAGCUCAGGUGGGCAUAUCGUCUGUGUGGUACUCGGGCAACCCUUGCAACAUGCAUCUCAUGGACCUCAACAACAAAGUCAAGGAAGGUGUCGAGCGUGCCGGUCUCGUUGGUCUCCAAUUCAACACCAUUGGCGUUAGCGAUGCCAUCUCGAUGGGAACCAAGGGCAUGCGCUACUCCCUGCAGAGCCGUGACCUUAUUGCCGACUCAAUUGAGACCGUUAUGGGCGGACAGUGGUACGACGCCAACAUUUCAAUCCCCGGUUGUGAUAAGAAUAUGCCUGGUGUGGUCAUGGCCAUGGGCCGUGUCAAUCGACCCAGUAUCAUGGUCUACGGUGGCUCUAUCAAGCCCGGUUGUGCCUCGACAAUGGGUAAUGCAGAGAUUGAUAUUGUCUCGGCAUUCCAGGCCUAUGGUCAGUUCAUUACUGGCGAGAUCAACGAGGAGGAGCGUUUCGAUAUUAUUCGUCAUGCCUGCCCUGGAAGCGGUGCUUGCGGUGGCAUGUACACUGCCAACACUCUGGCUUCCGCCAUUGAGACUAUGGGAUUGACUCUUCCUGGCUCCUCUUCCAACACCGCCGAGUCCAAGGGCAAGAUGCUUGAGUGCCUGGCAGCUGGUGGCGCCAUCAAGAACCUCCUUGCCCAGGACAUCCGUCCCCGCGACAUUCUCACCCGGCAAGCAUUCGAGAACGCCAUGGUCGUUGUCAACAUCACCGGUGGUUCGACUAAUGCAGUCCUGCACCUGAUUGCUAUCGCCGACUCUGUCGGCAUUAAGCUGACGAUUGACGAUUUCCAAGCUGUCAGUGACCGCACGCCGUUCCUUGCUGACCUCAAGCCCUCGGGUAAACACGUCAUGGCGGAUCUCCACCCUAUCGGUGGCACUCCCGCUCUGCUCAAGUUCCUCCUCAAGGAGGGUCUCAUUGACGGCAGCGGCAUUACCGUUACUGGCAAGACCCUUAAGGAGAACGUUGAAAACGCUCGUGAUUUCCCCUCAGACCAGACCGUCAUUCGCCCUUUCAGCAAUCCCAUCAAAAAGACCGGUCACAUCCAGAUUCUUCGUGGCAGUCUCGCCCCUGGUGGUUCCGUUGGCAAGAUUACUGGCAAGGAGGGUACCCGCUUCGUUGGCAAGGCUAAAGUCUAUGACGCCGAGGACGACUUCAUCGCCGCCCUCGAGCGUGGCGAGAUCAAGAAGGGCGAGAAGACUGUUGUUGUCAUCCGUUACGAGGGCCCCAAGGGUGGCCCUGGAAUGCCUGAGAUGCUGAAGCCCUCUUCCGCCAUAAUGGGUGCCGGUCUUGGUAAUGACGUCGCUCUGAUUACUGACGGCCGUUUCAGCGGUGGCUCUCACGGUUUCUUGAUUGGUCACAUUGUGCCUGAGGCACAGGAGGGCGGCCCUAUUGCUCUCGUUCGUGAUGGUGAUGAGAUUGUCAUUGACGCUGAGACCCGCCGUCUUGAUGUUUCCGUUUCCGAGAAGGAUUUCGAGGCUCGUCGCGCCGACUGGACUGCUCCCCCGCUCAAGUACAGCAAGGGCACUUUGUACAAAUAUGCUCGCGCCGUUCAGGACGCCAGCCACGGAUGUAUUACCGACGGCCCGAACUAA